AGAGCUAACUUGGUUUGAGAAUUGAGAUCUCCUCUACUCUACUCUACUUGUCAUCAGGAGAAGGGAAGAUGACGAUGUUCCACUUUUUCAACUGUGCAAUCCUAACUUUCGGACCUCAUGCUGUCUAUUACUCUGCUACCCCUUUGUCCGAGUAUGACACACUGUGGACUUCAAUAAGAGCUGCUGUUGUUUACCUUGUUACCGCACUAGUAAAGCUAGUUUGUCUAGCAACAUUUCUUAAUGUAUCUGAAAGCGACAGUUUUGAUCCAUAUCAGGAAUUGUUGAAGGCCGUAUUCGGGUUUAUAGAUGUUGCGGGCCUAUACUUUGCUAUGACACAGUUAACACACAGAAAUAUUUCACAGAAUCAUAAGUUUCAAGCUGUUGGACUUGGGUGGGCUUUUGCUGAUUCUGUUCUGCAUAGAUUGGCUCCUCUUUGGGUGGGUGCUAGAGGAUUGGAGUUCACAUGGGACUACAUCUUGCAAGGCCUUGAAGCUAAUGCAAAUUUGGUUUUCAGUAUAUCACUUGCAGCAUUGGGUUCUCUAAUGUGGCUUCGGAAAAAUAAACCCAAGACAUUGAUCCCCAUCAUAUAUGCAUGUGCUGGGAUUGUGGCAACAAUGCCAUCCAUAACCAGUUAUCUGAGGCGAGGCUUGGGUUGGCACCUUCCAAAAGUGGUAGGCUUUGAACUGUUCAGCUCAUUGCUAAUUGCUUUUAUCAGUUGGCAGUUGUUUGUUGCAUGCCAGAGACCGUCUAACUGAGGGAUUACUAAAUGACAUUUCCUCGUGGAAGUUGGCAUGCAGUUUCUUCGGUGAUGAGUAUGUUCUAUCCAGUAACAUUAUUUUUCAAGAAAUUUUGCGGGUAUUUGGACUAAAGCUUUUCGUUGAAUAACUUUAUGCCCUUUACCAUUCACUCUGCAAGUCAAGCUUCUUGACAUUGGAAUGUCUUGCGGCAAAAAUUGACACGGAGGGAAUUCGUUGGUUGUGCAAUUUUGACGUGUACUGGUUUAUGAAGAUUAGAUUAUACCGACUCUUUGACAUUUACAUGUCUGAAUGUUUAGUACAUUUCUGAGCUCCACUCAUAAUCCAUGACUGUUCUUGCACAGAAGUGCUCUGUAUGGAUAGAAUUAUCAAUUCAUUUUCGCAAUGUUUGUUUGUAGUA